ACGGCGCCCGCCGCCUCCACCAUCCAAAAACUCAAAAGUCGCGCAUCACGCGAGAGCGACAGGGAAGAUUCGUCGAUAUUCGGUUCGUGAUUGACGUGCAUCGCUUCCAAACGAAUCAUAUCUGCCCAGCUCUCGGCAAGAUGCGCUCGUGGCAUCUCAGCGCCUCCGUGCCGGCUCUGAUGCUUGCCGUCUUCGGCCCUGUCCAAGAGGGGAGUGCGUGGCGCAAUGGUUUGGCCAAGACUCCGCCAAUGGGUUGGCUCUCGUGGGAACGCUUCCUCUGCGAGGUCGAUUGUAAGAAGUAUCCCGACUCAUGUAUAAGCGAAAAGUUGUACACCCAAAUGGCCGACGUGAUGACGGAGGAAGGUUACCGAGACGCGGGUUACGAGUACGUCAAUAUCGACGAUUGCUGGAUGUCUUCACAGAGAGAUUUCGACGGAACGCUCCAGGCGAAUUACUCACGUUUCCCGCAUGGCAUCAAAUGGCUGGCAGACUAUAUGCACGCCCGCGGCCUCAAAAUGGGAAUCUACCAAGAUUGUGGCACCAAGACCUGCGGCGGUUACCCUGGAAGCGAAGGAUUUUUCAAGAAGGACGCGAACACGUACGCUGCGUGGGGGGUGGACAUGCUGAAGCUCGACGGUUGCUACGCGGAUCCGAACAAAAUGGACGAGAUCUACCCUCAAAUGACACAAGCACUGCACGAUUCGGGUCGGUCGAUGGUGUACUCCUGCUCUUGGCCAGCUUACCAAUUCGACAAACGGAAGCCAGAUUACAAUAGCAUCUCGAAACACUGCAACCUGUGGCGUAAUUUCGACGAUAUCGCUGAUUCUUGGCAAAGCGUCACGAAAAUAAUGGACUACUACGCCAAAGUCCAGGACGAUCUGAUCCCCUACAGUGGUCCCGGCGCUUGGAGCGACCCCGACAUGCUCAUCAUCGGUGACUUCGGUCUGAGCAUCGAUCAAGCUAAAACUCAGAUGGCGAUCUGGUCGAUCUUGGCUGCGCCACUUUUCAUGUCCGCAGAUCUUCGAAAAAUGGAUCCCAAAUUCAAGGAUAUUCUCCUCAACAGGGACGUGAUCGCUGUAGAUCAGGACGAAUAUGGCCGAAUGGGUCGACGAAUCUUCAACGACAAAUCUAUUCAAAUCUGGAUCCGUCCCGUCGGACCGAGGGCUUCUGAUGGCUCAAUGUCGGCUGCCCUGGCAAUACACAACAGGAAUGACAUGGGUGGUGCGAGGCUUGUCAACAUAUCCCUCAGUUCGAUUGGAUUGAACUUCGAGCGUGGCUACAAUUUCACUGAUCUCUACGACAAGACGAUCGUUAAUAAAACCAUGACCCCUGACGACUACUUGGCGGUGCGCGUGAACCCGAGUGGUGUGGUGUUGCUCAAAGCGACGGUCAAUGAAGCGGCACAAUCAACGCCGGCGCCAAAGAACGUACGUAAUCGCUCGAGGAAAGGAGAUCGUCACUCGAAUUCCGGAAGUCAAGGCUAUCAAAUGUCGCAAACGGAAGGUGGUCCUGAAAUACACACAGAAGAUCCUCCGAGUCGAGAGACCCUCAGCGAAUCGGGAGGACAUCCAUCCGGACGGGAAACCGAGUGAAACUGACGAUACCGUAUAUUCCCUAUGCCGGAUCAUUUUCUUACGAUCGUGGUCCAUAGAAUCCUCCGAAUAAAUGCAUGUCGA